AAUCACUUCCGCCGGUCAGAGGUCAACAACAUGGCCGUCGCCUUGUGUCGAUAACAUUUCUGUCUCAAUGUGAACUCUAAACACACAUUUUUUAUAACUUUAAAUGUUUCCAUCACCCGCGACAUUUUAGCGACUGAAGAACCCGCGGCUGUAGCGACGUUUCCACGCCGACAUGUUCCAGGUAGUUUCCCGGCGGAGCGCCCAGGUUUCCCGGCUCCUCUCGCCCGGGAGAGCCGUGCUCGUCGAGGCUGUGCGCGGCCGAAAGUCCCGCGGGGACCCGGUGGCCAAGUCCAAGGAGGGGCGGAUUAAAGUGCCUCCACCCGUGGACCCGGUGGAGAUGGUGGUGAUGAAGGAGAGAUUCUCCGAGUACCAGCUCAUGAUGACGGCGCUUCGCAUGGCGUUUAAGGAGGAGGUGCUGCGGAAGAAGUACGAGGAGGAGACGGGCUCCCGGGCGGAGGAGAGGGCGAGGCAGGAGGCGGAGGAGCAUCGCCGCCUCAUGGCCUGGAACAAUGAGGAGAACCAGCGUCUCCUCACGCUCAGAAUGCAGCGGGUGCAGAAGGAGGAGGAGGAAGCUCAGCAGAAGCGUCUCGAAGCUGCGCUUAAACUCGACCAGGAAAAGGAGGAACUGAUCAAAGAGAAAGAGAAGGAGAUUCUACAGCUGCAGGAGGACGUGAAGAACUUCAUCACCUUGGAGAACUUGGAUCAGCGAAUCGAGGAGGCUCUGGACAAUCCGAAGAAUUACAACUUCGCCCUGGACAAGGAGGGGAGGGUCGUGAAACAGACGCUGCUGCGGUGAAAAAGCAGCGUCUGUGUGUGUUACAGUCGGGACUCGGUACAUGAACCCGGAGGAGGAUGUUUCAAACCUGAACUCUGAACAGCGUCGGAGUCGGAGUCGGCUCAGACCUGGACCUGACGCUUUAUUUUCAAUGUUUCUGCUUCGUGUUCGUCCUCGUUUGAGUCUCCACGUUCGAUGUGUGAAGUAAAUUAAUGUUUUUUUUUUCCUUGAGUUAACAACAAAUAAAGGAAGUAAAUAUAA